CGGGCGGGAAACAAUGAGGUUUGUGGUGCGCCACGCAAUUCCCGCAUGCGGCGCCCCCCAAAAACCAAAACGGGGGAAAAUCAACCGCAUUCGAUGAAUCCGUUCGUGUCUCAAACUCUCCUUGCAGUUUCUCUCGUCCUUUUACACAAUUACACCUUUGCCUCAUAAUUACCCUGGAUUUCUCUCCCUGACUCCUUCAAAAUUCUCACUUAUUUCUUCUCUUCCCCUCCACCAAUUCCCCUCCCCAAGUCCAGUCCGGUCCAGUCCAUCUAUGGAAGACAAUUUCUCUUCUAUUGAUCCAGGCUAAAGAACUAUACCCGCAUUCCACAAAACAACCAACCAGAACAACCCCCAAAAAAUAAACCAAGCACGGUCAAGAGAAGAAGAAGAAGAAGAAAGCGAAAAUGCAUCAAUUCCCUUCUCCAUUCCCUCCUCUCAACACCCGCUCUCAACGACACCCAGCUAGCGAUACCUCCAGUCCGCCCAGUUCACGCACCACCUCGCCGCCCUCCUCGCCCACCUCCACACUCCGCCGACGUCACCAGCCAACGCAAGUGUCUCCGCACCACCUAUUCAAUCUCUCCUUCCAACCCACCACCACCGCCACCACCCACCCCAAGGGUGAAUGCGGCACUGGGUCUCGACCGCUCCAGGACCAGGACCACCAAUUCCACAACAAUAUCCACAACCACAAUGCCUCAGCCCAAUGCGGCGUAAGCAUUCUGCCCUGCGCGGUCCUUCGAGGCCGCUCCUCAUUGAUGAUCGUGCGACGACGCCCCUCAGCCGUGGACAUGGCCCUGAGCGAGGAGCGAUGUCGCUGUGACGAGAACGCCAUUGAGAGACAGGGUCUGGACCUUAUGGAGCCUCGGCCCGUGGACAUGAACCUCAACAUGAACCUCAAUACGAACAUGGGUCAGAGUAUGGGCAUGGCACGUCGCAAUUCGGUUUCUCGGGCUAGCAUUGGCUCGGAUAGCCGGUCUGUGCUCGUUCAGCAGCCGAGAUUUGUGAUGGGUGGCAUUUUUGAGGUUAUGGAAGGUCGGGCUUAGGGCCUAGCUACGCCUUGUACCUUUGCUUCUCUUUGUUCUUGGGCUCUUGUUUUUUCCCCCCCUUUUUUUGGCGACUAUCAUUCGAAAGCAUGUGGGCAGAGGUGUUUUGGGAGUUUGCUUUGGGUUUUUUUUUUUUUUUUUUUUUUUUGGGUUGUUCCUAAAUUGAGUGGAACUGUACAGGGUAUUUGUUUUUCUUGGGUUCUGGCAUAGCCGUCUAGGCGUGUUGUGUCGUAUCGGAUAGCAGAUUGUUUGGUGUACAAAUCUACUCGAGAUUGAUCGUGAGCAUGACAUCAGACUUGUUCGAGGACUUGUCUUUCUCGAGGAAAUACUCAUACUGAGUAAAUCAAAGCAGAGCUUUAUCUCUUACCUUGUGUAAAAGAGUGUUUACAAUUUCAUUUCUUAUCUAAGAAUGUUUUCUCUAUUCCUAGGCUUUCCCG